CACGAACUCUAAACGCUUCCGGUGUUUAGGGACAUCGUGACCCGAUGUUUCUCCCAGAGAAUGAUGGAGUUAGUAGACGGUUUUCUGUAUAGACGGUAAUGAUGUUACCAAAUGAUUUGGAAAUUUGACAGCAUCAAUUGUUAAAAACACCAGAGACCAGUGCAACGGAUCUUGGAUACUAAACAGUUCAAGCUGAACAUGUCAAACCCGGAGCAGCCGAGUCCGGUCGCACCACACGCGACGGUGAAGCCGCUGUUUGGGGGCUGCUGGAGCUGUCGACUCCUCUCGGGCGGUGCGCUGCUGGUUUCAGGGGGGUACGUGGGCAUGCACGCGCGGAGAGCCGUACGUCACGGCGGACCCGCUUCUAUGGGCACCGUGCUUCAGAUGAUGUUUGCUGCAGGUUUGGCAGCCUGGGGCAUCGUGGUGAUCUUUGAUCCAGUGGGGAAGAAGACAAGAACAGCAUAGCUCUGCAUUUGGUCUUCCUAUGUUGACAUGAACUAUUGAAUGAUUCACCAAAGCCACACUGGCAGAGUUAUUCAAUUCAAAUAAUUAUGAGAAUGAAAUGUUUUCAUUAAAUGUUUUUAUUUGCAACUUA